GAAACCAAGGAGGCAGGUUAGAAUUCCAAAGGUUAUUCGGUGGGGGUUUCGGUCUUCAUGAACGGAGGGGAUGUCCUUGAUAACGAUUGAUAGGUCGCUUAUAGCGCCAGAAAAUGAUUGUGAUGACUCAUACGAUGGUGAUAAGUUCGAGUCUUCAUCCAAAAGCAGUCAAAGCGAAGACUUCAUGAUGUGCAAGGGAACAGCUGUUGGAUUGAAUAUUCACUCUAGAAGAAGGUCCAGUUCCAUCAAAGCCAACGAUGAAAUUCAGGAUCAUUUGAAAAGAAUCAUUGCUUUGCUUAGGUUUGGAGACUAUAUUCAACUGAUUGUCAAGCUUCAGAGUUCCAGUCCUAAGCCUCAUCAGCACAGAUAUUGCUGCAUAAUAUCCACUUAUGGAAAGCAGGAAACUGAAGAAUCUUCUGUUUUGGGUGUAGAUAUAACCGAAGGACGAGCUACUAUUGGCUUGGUUCUGCCGAUAUGGCAAGACAUGUCAAUUAAUUUGUGUGGCGAUGGCAUUCACACAAAACUUACUUAUGCUGAUUACUUGUUAGUUUAUAAAACGCUAUCAUACUUUCGUACGGACCAGCUACGUAAAGAUGUGGGUCACAGUAACUACCUUAAACCGUUGCUAGGAUUUGAAUUGAUCACCAAAGAUACUGUCAAACAAUUCAAACCCAUUUCUGUACAGGCUUUAUGGGCAGCAUUUCAGGCUGUAAACAAAGCAUGUCAAGUGGCUCGUGCUAACGCUUACUUCUGUCGUGGUUUCACUCAUGAUUGGGUCAAUUAUUAUCACAGUUUACCAGCAUCAUCUACUCAACAGAUACAAGAAUGGCUUAGAACGGAUGAUACUGAUGGAUUUAUUCAGUCAUUAUCUAGUUCUCCUCUCUCUGAUAAUGCAACUAAUGAAGAAAAAGAAUGUGCUAGAAUGGAAGCAUUGAUUCGUGUGAAAUUACAACAAAUCAUGUAUACAGUUGACUUAGAAGAAGUGACUGUUCUUCAGCUUCGUGAACGUUUAGAAGAAGAACUAAAACAACCUCUACGUGCAUAUCGUCAUUUUAUCGAGAAACAAAUUCUCAUUAUCUACGGUCAAAUGGAUGAAGCCAGUGUAAUAUUUGAUCAUGUUCUGUUGGGGACAACAUUCAAUGCAUCAAAUCGUGAUGAAUUAGACCGUAAACAUGUUACGCAUAUCUUGAAUGUUACUCGUGAAGUGGACAAUUUUUUCCCUGGUGAUAAAUUUGAGUAUAAAAAUAUCCGAGUCUAUGAUGAUGAACAGUCAUCGUUGUUACCCUACUGGGAAGAGACUCAUCGAUUUAUUAAUGAAGCUAAAACUCUUGGUACACGUUGUCUUGUCCACUGUAAAAUGGGGAUUAGUCGUUCUGCAUCAACAGUUAUAGCAUAUGCUAUGAAAGAAAAUAAUUGGGAUUUAGAAACUGCUUUAUCCUAUGUAAAAUCUUGUCGUUCAUGUGUUCAACCAAAUCCAGGUUUUAUGAGAGAAUUACGAACAUAUCAAGGGAUUUUAGAGGCAAGUUCCAAUCGACAUAAGCCAAUAUUUCAUAGUGAUCAGAAUAAGUCAAACAAAUCAUCAUCCCCGGGAAAUGUUCAGCAAAAUAAUUGUAAUUUUUUCUCUAAUGUCUUACCUGGUAAUGAUCAUUAUCAAACUGAGGAAGUGGACGAGAAACUUCCCACCAUUCAGACAAAUAUGAAAGAUGAAAAGUUUAAAAAAAGUGAAACCAAAACUAAUUCACCCGUAAAUUCAACUCAGCCAUCAAAUGCUGCAUCAUCACCUUUAUCAAUGUGUAAUGAUAAUGCAUUGAAUGGUAUAAAUAACAAUGUAGUGAAUCGUAAUCAAAUGCUUGAUUUAGAAAAAGAAUUGUUUGCAUUCAAACGGUUAAAUAUCCCAUCGACUACAGUUACUACUGCUAUGACAACAACUACUACUGCUACAGUUACUACCUCUUUAAACUAUUCAUCGAAUCCGAUCUCAAAUAUGGAACAACAACCACAACAGAACAACAUUUCCAUGACAUUAUCUCUUUCUGAUGAUACCAUCUCUUCUUUACUGACAUCAAGUUUACAUCGACCUAUAAUUCUAUGGGGUUUUGAUAAUAAUGAACAAGGCAAAAAUUCAGGUAUUGUCAAUAGUGCAGUUGUAGCGAAAAUUCUCAUUGUCUUCGUCAAUGGCAUCCAGAUGUACUUGAGAAUAUUCAUUGUUUAGAUACACACUCAGUUUUCAGUAAUUGUAAAGCACAAAAGCAUACAUUAUCACUGUCAUCAUCACCGUCAUCAACAACAUCAUCAUUAGGAGUAGCAGUAGCGCCUGAUCUGUCUCCACCUAUUUCACCUAUCACGCCUACUGGACCUCAACAUCAACAGCCCAAUACUCAUCAGUUGAAUUAUGCUGACCAUCAGUCAAUGACAUCGAUAGCUUGGGAUUAUACAAGUGAAUUAAAAUGUUUACCCGUACUGGAAUAUGCAAAAUUAUCUAUUAUCCCUUGUGAACUGAUCAACAUUCCACUAGUGACAUCUGUAUCAAUUUUGCAUGCAACAAGUAUGCGUAAAAAGGAAAUAGAUAAAUUAUUAGUUGAAUUAAAUGAGAACAAUGAUGAAAACACAAAAGAAAUUCAUACACUAGAAGGCAUCAAUACUGAACACACAAAAGUAUCUAAUGUAUUGCGUAUGGUGUCUAAAUUAUCUGAUUCGAAUUUAUUCAUUACCUCAUUGAGCCAGAAUGCCAAAGAAAAAGUUUCAUCAGCAUCUGAAUCAUCAUCAUCAUCAUUUUUGCCUUUAUUGAGGCGGAAACAAAAGGAAUCCAAUGAUUCUUUUAACAUUUGUCUUCCUAAUACUACUGUUAGCAGUAGUAGUAGUAGUGGUAGUAGAGAUGACAGCAGUAGUGAUCUGCCUACAUGUUUGACUACUUCAUCGCAUCUUCCACGUAUGAUACUUACAAAUUCAACUGUUGUAGAUACACAUGAAUGUAUGAAUUCGGAUAAUGGAAUUGUUAGUGAAACUACAGAGGAUAGCAUAAAUUCAUGGAAACGAAAUCAUACUACUCCUUUGAUGAAUAUGAAAAUGAGGCAUAUUGAACAAAGAAAAUCCACAUAUGCUGACUUACUUAUGAUGACAAAUAAUCAGAAUACAACAACUAAUACUGUAAUUCUACCAGAACGUUCACAUUCAACGCGAUCAUCAUAUCGUAUAUCAUCAACACGUCUUCGGCCUGAUGAUAGUUGGAUUAUGAACUUUACUGAUUGUACAAAUGAAAAUGUUCUCUCAACCUCUAUGAUUACUGCUACAGACACUAGUACUGCAACUACUGCGACGACAAUGAUGAUGGAAAUGACAACUUCCUCCGCUUCAACAUCAAUGUUCUUAUCAUCUUCGUGUAGCAAAAUAACUACUCUUCAUACUUCCCCCUCUUCACUUUCUCCGCCUACAUCUAAUCAUCAGUCAGUUUUAUCCUCCAGUAUUACCUCCAAUCCUUCUAACAUUAACAGUACAGAAUCUCAAAUAAAGGUGAACAAUAGUGAAAAGCUAAAAACUCGAUCAAAAUCACGUGAUCGAAUGAUUUGUAAAAGUGCUUAUGGCCAGCUAGAGUCGCCAUCGAAUUCCCUGCUUCUCAAUAAACCUAUAGGUACAACGAUAAAAACAGCAAACCUACAGUUAUGCCUAUCAGUAAUAAUGACAUCGAUGGUGGUGGUGGUCUGUUCACCAGAAAUUCAUCUAGUCCUACACUAUUAAUGCUGAAUUCAGUUGAUUCAACCAACUCUACUGACUAUUAUGUUAGCCAAAAGUCAACUUAUCCUCCUGUUCCACCGUGUCGACCAGUUCGUCGUGUUAUCAAUUGGCCACCACCUCCACGAAUCGAUCCAAUCACAGUAACUGAAUCGUAUUGUUCAUGAAUUCAAUUUUCUUUUAAUUACUCUUCCAUUUGUGAAUUCUAGACAAAAAUUCUAAUAAUGAUAAUGAUGAUGGUAACUUUGUACACAGUUUAGCGUUUAUUUCUUUCUAUUUAUUGUUUUCCAAGUUCAACAAUUUAUCUUGCUCUUAUCACCUCAGAGGAAUAUUAUGUUUUACAAUAGUAGUACAUAUAUUCAGCUUUUGUUUUCAUCAAUCUUACCUACUGGAAUGAAGUGAAUGUAAGAGAGCAGGUGUUAGAAAGAAGGUUGGUUGUUUUCACACGAAUUCAUUUUUUCCUUUUUUUUAUAUGAAUUUAUAGUGAAAAUUGUUGUGUUCAUUCUCUCAUUCCCUUAAAUAGAUUAACAAAUCGAAAUAACUUAGAUAUACGUCUAUAUAUGUAUAUACACCGGCUUUAUAUGAUUGUUUCUUGUUGUGUUGCCUAACCUCAUAUGGUGGUGUUCUCUUUUUCGCCUAUGCUUUCAUUUUCUGUGUUCAAGCACAGAUAAACUAAUCAUCAGCUGUUUUAAAAACUUUCUGUUUUAUAUUCAAGUAUAAAUUGAUCAACUAACUAGCUUUAUCUUUUGCUUCUCAUAUUUUUGCUAUUCUUAAUAUCGACUUACCAUGAGUGCAGUUCGGUUAAUUUCUGUUUUCGUUCUUAUGCCUAAAUUAACUUUCAUGAUUAUUAUUCAGCUGUUAUCUUUUUCACCAGAUGGUAUUUUCUGCUCUGAUUCUGUUUUUUAAUAUUUGAUAAUAAAACAUACAACGUAUGACAGACAUACUACCACCGGCGUAGUUGUACGGACAUGUAUACAAUAUAGUUUGUCUUAACACUUUUCUAUAUGUUGCAUGUCUAUGCGACCACCUGUCUAUUAGUCUACAUUUCCUUUUUCCUGAUUGGCUCAUUUUUGUUAUUGCGAUAUAUAAACAUCCAUCCACAUAGCGUUUUAUGUUUAGGACAAACAAUGUAGAAGACUAAAAGAGACAUUGAAAUUUGAGCAGAAAAAUGUUCAUCACUUGAAAUGAAACGUAGAGAGAGAGAGAAAGAGAAAAACACGUGACAAGUGAGGCAUUUUAUAGGAUGUUUUUAUUUAUUUAAAAGUCCAUUAGUAUGCAGAAAACAUAUCAUUCUAUUGCAAUUGUUCUCUAGUUUGUUUCUGCAUCAUAGGACAUUUAAGUUGUGAAAUUUUGUGAUUUGUCUAAAAAAGAAGGUGAUUAAAAAUCAAUUAUGU